AACUGUUUUUCCUGGAAUAUUUUGCAAACAAGUUGCAUAUGAAAAUUUUAAAUUCAGUUUAUGACUUUAUGUGAUUUUACUCGGUUCACCUAAUAUGGAUUACUUAGAUAGAGUUCGAUAUAAGUCUUCUCAAAAGUUACAAAGAAAACUUUCCAUUUUCAUGAAAACUCAACUAACUUCAAAUCUUUAUUUUCUGGACUUUUGUAGUUGAGGCUUGGUGUAACAGAGGAAUCAUGAUAAGUUUCCGAAAUUUUGGUCAUCAUCAGUAAGCAAAAUAAAGAAAAAAAAAGCUUCAAAAAUAUGUAUGUUCUGUUUCUUGUUAUUAGCAGUUAAAAAAAGCAAAGUAAUGUUCAAGAAAUGGGGAAGAAAGGAAGUUGGUUUUCAGCAAUCAAAAGAGUUUUCACACCACAUUCUAAAGAGAAGCAGCUAAGUAACAACCAAGAAACAGAGAGAAAGAGCAACAACAAGAAAGAAAAGAAGAAGAAAAGUUUAGGGAAGAAACUAAGAGAUGGAGAAACCAAUUCUUUUCUUCCAAUCUUCAAACAACCUAGCAGUAUUGAAAAGAUCUUGUCUGAGGCCGAAAGAGAACAUAACCUUGUCUUCAGACCACCAACUCCAACAGACCGAGCAACCUCAUCUCCAUCUCCUCAUAUUAGGCCUGCUUCUCCUAAAGUGUCUUCUCAAAGAUAUGUCUCUUCUCCAAGACCAAUUUCACCAAGAGUUGCUUCCCCUAGAGCCCUUUCUCCAAGAGCGGCUUCGCCUAGGAUCGUGCAGCGACGCGAGUAUGUGCGUAGACCAGAGCCAACUCUACUGGUCAAAAAGGCUUCUGCUACAAAGAUUCAAGCAGCUUUUAGAGGUUACAUGGCAAGGAGGAGUUUUAGAGCAUUGAAAGGUCUUGUUAGGCUUCAGGGAGUGGUGAGAGGACACAGCGUGAAGCGUCAGACGAUGAAUGCAAUGAAGUAUAUGCAGCUUUUGGUACGUGUUCAAACACAAGUCCAGUCACGUCGCAUCCAAAUGCUAGAACACCGAGCUAGGAACGAGAAAGAUGAUCCCAAGUUAGCUUCUAACCAUGCGUCUGAUGAUUGGGAUGAUAGUGUUCUGACAAAAGAGGAAAAAGAAGCAAGACUACAUAGAAAGAUUGAUGCAAUGAUCAAAAGAGAACGGUCCAUGGCCUAUGCAUAUUCCCACCAGUUGUGGAAAAACAGUCCAAGAUCUGCACAGGACAUUCGAACAAACGGUGUCCCACUUUGGUGGAACUGGGUGGACAGACAAAACAACCAAACACAACCUUUCAGGCUAACACCAACACGACCAAGUCCAAGCCCUCAGCCUCAUUCUAGGCCCAACAACAGCUUCGAUAUUUCCACACCAAACUCAUCAAAAUCAGCAUACCUCACACCCUCUAGACCAAUCCAUACUCCACAACCAUCAAGAUACUCUCGUGGAGGAAGAGCUACACAAGCUUCUCCUUUCAAAGAUGAUGAUAGCCUCACAAGCUGCCCACCAUUCUCAGCUCCAAGCUACAUGGCUCCAACGGUCUCAGCUAAAGCUAAGCUGAGAGCAAACAGCAAUCCAAAGGAGAGGGUGAAGGAGGGUACUACACCGGAGAAGAGAAGGAGUUCUUUCCCUCUUGGUUCGUUUAAAUGGAACAAAGGGUCAUUGUUCAUGAGUAACAAAGGUCGAGACUCUUCUUCUACUUCUGGUGCUGUGGUGCUUGAGAAGCAUAAGACACUCAAAUCCGUAGGGAAUAUGAGUAUUGAUUCAACUGUUUCGAUGCCUGCAACGAUUGGGAAGAGGUCUUUUAACAGAUUUGCUUGAACUUGGUUUUCUUUUCUCAGUUGAUUUCUUGUUUUGAUUUGUUUUUAUGAGUUUUUUUUUGAUUAUUUUGAGUGAUGUUUGUAAUCUGAAGUUACUAGUUUACUGAUGUAAACUUAAUAAAAAGUAAACAACAACAAAAAAAAACAGAGGAUUUGGAUUGUAUAGUGUGUAUGUUCUUUGAAG